UCAUCAAUCAAUCCAUCUUGGCCAAAAAUAAUUCAUCAAUCAACCCAUGAUAUUCAAUGUAAACACAUAAAUAGUUACUAUAUGAUCUUAGAAGAAUUCAUUACAAGAGUUUUAAAGGGGGGGGGAAGAUCACUUUUUAAAAUUUCUUUUUAAAAUUUCCCUUUGUUUUUGGUUGUUUAAUUGAAUUUCUUGAUCGUGCUUCACGAGGGUAGUAGAAGGCUGGAAGCUAUCCAGGGCUGGUCUCUGAUUGUGAGGCGUAAGCAACUCAAUCAUCUCCGGGAAUAUCCUUUCUCAUAUCUUUUCAUUGCUUUCUUUACUUACUUACUUUCCGUACGACAUCAACUAGCUGAUAGCUUACCACCUCCUACGGACUUCAAUAAAUCUCUCUUACGGUUUUCUGAGCAUCAUCAUUUACUCUCACCACCUAACCAAGAUGGUUUCCGAUAGUAGAAACGGCUCUGAUGUCAAGAGCACCAGAAGGAAGAAGUUGGGUUCUGAUUCCAUGGCGAUGACACUGAUAGUGUACUCUUUUUGUGUGCUGCCGAUUUGCGUAUUGGCGGCGAAACAAGGGAACCCACGAGAGAUGCAGAAGCUGAGGUUCGGUGAUAAUGGAGAAUUCAAGAUAUUGCAGGUGGCAGAUAUGCACUAUGCAGAUGGCAAGAGUACCCUUUGCUUGGAUGUGCUUCCUUCUCAGAAUGCUUCUUGUUCCGACCUUAAUACCACUGCCUUUAUUCAGAGAAUGAUCCUUGCCGAGAAGCCCAAUCUCAUCGUUUUCACUGGGGAUAACAUCUUUGGAUUUGAUUCCUCGGAUUCGGCUAAAUCAUUGGAUGCUGCAUUUGCUCCAGCAAUUGCAUCGAACAUUCCUUGGGUAGCUGUUUUGGGUAACCAUGAUCAGGAAGGAUCCCUCUCUAGGGAAGGGGUGAUGAAACACAUUGUGGGGAUGAAGAACACUCUUUCAAAAUUCAAUCCUUCAGAAGUACACAUCAUUGAUGGUUUUGGGAACUAUAACUUGGAGGUUGAAGGAGUUGAGGGCACUGAAUUUGCAAACAAAUCAGUUCUCAAUCUCUACUUUCUUGAUAGCGGAGAUUACUCCACUUCCCCUUCCAUUCCUGGCUAUGGUUGGAUUAAACCCUCCCAGCAACUAUGGUUCCAACGAACAUCUGCAAAACUAAGGAGAGCCUACAUGGAUAAACCAGUGCCUCAGAAAGCACCUGCUCCUGGUCUCGCAUACUUCCACAUCCCAUUACCAGAAUAUGCUUUUUUUGACUCAUCAAACUUUACAGGUGUAAAGCAGGAAGGCAUUAGCUCUGCAUCUGUGAACUCCGGCUUCUUUACGACGUUAGUUGAAGCCGGAGAUGUGAAGGCGGUUUUCACUGGUCAUGAUCACAUCAAUGACUUCUGCGGCAAGCUAACAGGUACUCAUCUUUGUUAUGGUGGGGGAUUUGGAUAUCAUGCUUAUGGAAAGGCUGGGUGGUCUAGGAGAGCAAGAGUAGUGGUAGCUAGCUUGGAGAAAACAGUGAAGGGAACGUGGCGAGAUGUCAAGUCGAUUAAAACGUGGAAACGCCUUGAUGAUGAGCGUCUCACUGGCAUCGAUGGCCAGGUCCUAUGGAGCAAGAGCUUUCAUGCUAGGAAAAAUUAAAACGUCGAUUCUUCAGAGUUCAAAAGUGAAGCAGACUAAAGGGAGCUUGAGGAGGAAGGUGUCGUGAGCUGUUUUGUGAUAAAUUUGAUCCAUAGAACCUGUUCGGUAUACGUCUUGUGAUGCAGCAACGGAGGGUGCUAAAGAAUAAACCAAAGUGUUGGUUCAUUAGUUUGAAAAAAGGAUUUUCACUGUAAUUCCAUGCAAUUCACACCCCAUACCUUUUUUUAUAGAAUAUUGUCCGUUAAUCCUAGUUUUGACAAAAAAAAAAUGCUGUACUGGAUUUUGAUAUAUCGAUGAUAGAGUUGCAUAACAAUUAACAAAUACCCUCAUUUAGUCA